GAUUUCAAGGGCUUUGAUAAUAUGCUGCGUUGCAUUUCAGGAAAUAUCUUGAGUCGAUAAGCAGAAACUGACUCAAUUUACGCAUGUUUGUGUUACCAAGUGGACUAAAAUGACCGAGAACAAUCUCAUCGCCAUUAUUGAAAGCAACGAAAUCCAAGAAUUCAUUGGUUGCGACAGUGGUCAACAAUUCAAUCUCAAUCAUGUAUUUGAAAGUGGGAGUACUUUGUUGUCGUGGGCGGUAAGAAAAUCUAACUUAGAAAAUGUUUCGUCCUUGGUUCGAAGAGGUGCCAAAGUCAAUAAGCCGGAAAGAGGAGGUGCCACGCCUCUUUUACUCGCCGUUCACUUAAAUCGUGCCGAAAUCAUGACAUACUUGUUAAACCAAGGAGCGUCUGUUAACUUGGAUGAUUCAUAUGACACACCUUUAACAGUAGCCGUACGAAAGCAACAUUUAGAAAUCGUCAAAGUCCUAGUAGACAGUGGUGCCAAAAUCAACGUUGUUAACAUAGACGGAUUAUCACCGCUAUUCUGGGCUAUCAAACAAGACGAUGUCAAACUUUUAAAGCUCCUUACAAGGAAAGGGAUUCCCAAAAAGGCAAAAGACUCUUCCGGAGAUUCACCUUUCAUAGCCGCCGCCAAAAACGGUUGUUCGAGAGAAACCAUCCAAUGCCUGGUCAAAAACGGUGCCCAUAUUCACGAAACUGCGUUAAUCUGUGCCGCUACGAAAGGACAGUUGGUCGUUAUCCAAGUACUGAUUGAAAACGGAGCCGAUGGAAAUAUGGUAGGCCCUGAUGGUAACACCCUUCUUGCUACUGCAGUUCGUUAUCGACAAAACCCAGCCGCCAGAUAUUUAACUUCUUUAGGUGUCAACGUCUGUAAGGUUGGUAAAAAUGGAAAAACCCCUCUCCUAUGGGCUAUCCAAAACCAAGAUCUUGACAUGAUCAAGUGGCUCUUGGACAGGGGUGCCGCCUACAUCCUUGACAGCGUUUUCCUGGAUGCCAUCGCCACCAAAAACUUGGAAAUUGUCAAGAUCUUGUACGACCGAGGGAUCAACAAAUCCCAGAUUGUUAAAACGACGGGCAAAACUCCUCUGGUUCAAGCCCUGGAUGUUGAAAGUACCGAAAUCGUGAAAUUUUUGCUAGCCAAAGGAGAUACGCUCUUGGACGACCUCAAGGGCGCUGAAAUAUCGUAUCUGCUUACCUUCAUGGAGAAGAAAAACUACGAAAUGGUCAAACUUUUAGUUGACAAUGGAGCUGGAUUGGAUAAGUUUGGUGGUUGUGGAAACACUGCGUUGACUAAAGCUAUAGAACUAGAAGAUUUCGAGAUGAUCGAGUAUUUUGUACGUUGCGGUGCCAAUGUUAAUCAGGCAAACAGAAACACAUUAACACCACUGGUUGCAGCAGCGAGGGUGAGAGAUUUUCGCACUUUUCAGUAUUUGGUGGACUCGGGAGCGGUGAUUCAGGUUGGUUCCAUGUUACUUGACGAAACGUUGAUGAGGCACUACCAAAUAGCGCAAGAAAAUAUUUGGAAAAGGAAAAUUGCGGACACGGAAUUGGGUUCUAAUCAGGAAGAAGCAGAGCAUGAAACUGUAGUAGAAGAAAAUGCACGUGUUGAGACUCCUGUUGAAAUUGUCAAGGAGAAAACUUUAGCUGAACGAAAUUAUUACAUUAUAGAAUUCGAUUGAUGCGCCAUGAGAUUCCAAGCUUAUGAUAUUUUACAAAAGU